AUGGCGACGUCCGACGGCAACGUUUCCGGCAAGGAAGAGGGAAACCUCUCGCAAGAAGAACGUGUCGAGAAGGAUCUGCAUGUUGCGGCUGAAGAGGGCGUCGCGGCAACCGACAGUAACGGUGUGUCUAUCGCCGAGUUUGACCGGGAAGCCGAAAGAAAACUCCGUACCAAGAUAGAUUGGAUGAUAGUCCCGACGGUGUCUAUCUUGUAUCUAUUUUGCUUCAUCGACCGAUCUAACAUAGGCAAUGCAAGACUCGCCGGUCUCGAGGAGGACUUGGGCAUGAAGGGCAACGACUACAACAUGCUUCUAUCCGUCUUCUACAUCAGCUACUGCCUUUUCGAGGUCCCGUCCAACCUGGCGUGCAAGUGGCUUGGUCCCGGCUGGGUCAUUCCCAUUCUAUGUCUCGGCUUCGGCAUUUCCUCUCUUGGCAUGGCCUUCGUUCGUGAUUUGCCCGCGGCUUGUGGCGUCCGCUUCCUCCUUGGCGUCUUUGAGGCCGGCAUGAUGCCCGGAAUGUCCUACUAUCUUUCCCGAUGGUACCGCCGCUCCGAACUGGUUUUCCGGAUCUCUUUGUUUGUCGUUAUGGCACCAUUGGCCGGCGCAUUUGGAGGUCUGAUCGCUUCGGGUCUCCUAAGCCUAUCCAACAUCGGUAGUGUUACCGCUUGGCGUAUGAUCUUCUUAGUCGAAGGCAUCAUCACGAUAGGUCUAUCAUUGAUCUCGUUCGUCACGCUUACCGACCGUCCCGAAACGGCACGCUGGCUCACGGCGGAGGAAAAGACUCUAGCAGUCGCCCGUGUCAAGUCGGAACGUUUAGCCCAAACUGUUGUUCUCGAUAAGACCGACCGCAAGAAACUCUGGCUAGGCUUCUGGAACCCCGUUGUCCUAUCGACCAGUUUCAUCUUCCUACUUAACAACAUUACUGUCCAAGGCCUAGCCUUCUUCACGCCUACUAUCGUAGCCACCAUCUAUCCGAAUUACACGACGGUCCAGAAGCAGCUAUACACCGUUCCACCAUACGUUGUCGGGGCCGCAUUUGAAGUCGUUAUUCCGCUCCUGAGCUGGCGUAUGGAUAGACGACAGGUCUUCUUAAUACUCACCGCGCCCUUGACAAUGGUGGGUUACAUCAUGUUCCUAGCAAGCACCGACCCCAAGGUGAGAUACGCGGCAACCUUCUUCACAGCUAUCAGUUGUUUUGCCGUUGGUGCAUUGAGUAAUGCGCAGGUAGCAGCACAGGUUGUCAGUGACACGGCACGCAGCGUAAGUCUCGCGACUAACAUGACGUUUGGCGCCCUUGGUGGCCUCAUUGCUACCUGGUCGUAUCUAUCCUGGGACGGACCCGAUUACCCUAUUGGCAACGGAUUGAAUCUUGCUGCCUCCAGCUUGUUACUCGUUAUAACUACGGUAACCUUAUUCUGGAUGAAGGCGGACAACAAGAAACGCGAGAAGCUGGACGUCAGAAAGGAGUUGGAGGGGCUAUCACAGGCGCAAAUUGAGAGUCUCGAGUGGAAACAUCCCGGCUGGAGAUGGAAACCCUGA